GAUUCAACCACGUUUGUGACUACUCGUGAAACUAACUGAUUAACUGAUAACAUUAUUAAGUUGUUCUAAUUAGUUGCAAUUAGAUUUAGAGUAACAUUUAUUUUUUUAUAUUGUUACAGUGAUAAUAAAUUAAUAUUUGCAGCAAUUUAGAUAUAAGAAAUGGAUCAAGAAAUAAGAUUUAAAGUUCUUACACUUAACUGCUGGGGCAUUCCAUAUAUAUCAAAAAAUAAAAAUGAAAGAAUAAAGGCUAUUGCUGAGCAAUUGUCUUCGAAUGACUAUGAUGUUGUUUGCCUUCAAGAAGUAUGGUCUGCCAAGGAUUAUGAUAUGAUAAAGAAUAAAGUUAAAAAAAAAUUGACAUACUCUCAUUAUUUUUACAGUGGUGUUCUUGGUUCAGGCAUAUGCGUUUUUUCAAAGCACCCAAUUCAAGAUGUGAUGUUCUAUCAAUGGUCUUUGAACGGAUAUGUCCAUAAAAUUCAUCAUGGAGAUUGGUUUGGAGGUAAAGGAGUUGGAUUGUGCAGGUUAAGGGUUAACGAUGCGAAUGUUAAUGUUUACGUUGCUCAUUUGCACGCCGAAUAUGAUUGUGAAAACGACGAGUAUUCAGCUCAUCGAAUUCUUCAGGCAUUUGAUACGGCACAGUUUAUAAGAAUGACUGAACAAGGAGCAGAUGUUACGAUUCUUGGUGGUGAUCUUAACACUGGACCAGAAGAUUUAGCUUACAGAAUUAUAAGUGGAGUUGCUUCCCUGACUGAUUCUUGCUCAACUCAUCAUAGUGAUAAAGGAACUAGUGAAUGUGCCAAUAAUAGUUAUUCAUGUCGUAAAGUUGCCAACAAAUUACCUCAAGGAAAACGAAUUGAUCAUAUAUUGUACUUAGGAUCAAAAAACUUCAAGGUAGACGUUGUAAACUGUUAUCAACCAUUUCCGGAAAGAAUUCCAAACAAAAAUUUUAGUUUUUCUGAUCAUGAAGCCGUUGAAACAGAAUUCAAAUUUACAAGAGGAGUAUACGAAGUAAAUAAUAUUGACAUAAGAUCCACAUUAAAAGAAGCUUCCCAUGUAUGUAGUGAAGCAUUACAAAAUGUAAGAAAACAACGUUUUUGGUACACAAUGAUGAGUAUUGUACUAGUUAUACCCAUUAUCUAUUCAAUAAGUCUUGAUAUUACAUUUCAAUCAAUCGGAGCCAUCAUCGGAUUAAACAUUUUACGUCUUUUUAUUACUGCGCUUAUUUGUUAUUCAUUAUUUAUGAGCUCUAUUUGGAAUAAUGUUGAACAAAAUGCUUUAAAAGCUGGUUGUUUGGAAAUGGAGAUUCACUUAAAUUAUAUUAACAGUAAAUACAGUUAAAAAUAAACUACAUUAAAGCGAAUAUUGUAUUAGUUAAUUUUUUUUAUUUAAUUUAAUAGAACGCAAUGUAAACUUUUGAAUGUGCUGACUGCCAAUUUU